AUGAGUUGCUUUGACGGUCGAAUUCGCGAAUAUCCAGGCAUUAUUGUCGACUGUUUUAGCACCGAGAACUGUUAUACGUAUGGACGUGUCUUUUUCUUGUCUCACUGUCACAAGGACCACAUGGAGGGACUAUGCAGACCGCCUCUAAUCUCUUCACUACAGUCAGGUGCUGAUGGCAUUUACUGUUCGGAGGUGACACAAAAAUUGCUUAUGAGAGAUCCCGAGUUUUCUCAUCUUAAGAGACAUAUAAAAGAAUUACCCAUUAGUGUAUCGACUAUGAUUAAGAUCAAACACCCGAUGACAACUAAGGUCGAAGAGAUUAGUGUUACUCUGCUUCCUGCUAACCAUUGUCCUGGUUCAGUCAUGUUUCUAAUUGAAGGACAGAAUGGCACAGUCCUAUUUACAGUAUGGGUUUUUGCUAAAGGAGAUUUUCGACUUGACACUGACGAUCUCAAGCAAAUGGCUGCUCUUCAUUGUAAAGACGGGAAUUUAAAGACGUUUAGGAAUGUAUAUCUAGACACUACAUUUUGUCAUCCUAAGUUGAUGGUGAUCCCUUCUCGGGAAAGAUCACAAGAAACAACCUUGAGUCUUAUUGACAGGUGGCUGUCUGAGAGUCCGCAUCAUCUUGUCCAUCUCAACUGUUCUACAUUGGGAUUGGAACACAUCAUUAUGGCUGUGUCAAAUCAGUUUAAGACAAAGAUUCACGUUCAUCACUUUACUAAGCAACAAUACGAAGAUCUUCCAUUGAUAUCAGAAUGUCUCACAACAGACUGUAAAUCAACACGAAUUCAUGCUUGUCGCUGGAAGCUUUAUAAAUCUAAGGGAGCGUCUUUGCCUUGUGGUGUUCAGGCAGUACGUUACGAUAAACCUCAGGUGAUGCGAAUUAAGCUAUCGACAAUAUGGUUUACUCGAUUGGCUGAUGGUUUUCCUGAUUCAGGUUCAGUGCAUUUGUCACGGUACAACAUAUGGCGGAUACCUCAUUCAAUGCACAGUUCAAUGUCUGAAAUUCGAAACGUUGUCAAAUAUCUUCAUCCACAAACGAUCACACCCAUUGUCAUACCUGUAGGUUCAACAUCUCUAGCAGCUGCUGUAAGCAGACUCAAAGACUUACUAGACUCGACUUCAGAUUGUAACAUCAUUGAGUUUUCGCACUUGCUGUCUUUGGAGAGGCCAUGUCAGUGGUCGAAAUCAAGUGCUAGAGUUGUUGACACUGUGUCUGAUGAUUUACUAUUAAGUGAUGAGGCAUUAUCGCCACCCAAGCGUAAACGCAAGAGUAAUGAUCCUGUGUCUGUGCCAGCCGAUGAGAUGUCAAGAGAUGAUACUAAGCCAGUUGGUUCAGCUGUUGAAGACAUCGAUUCUGCUAGGAUAGUUGAUAAAUGGGAUGUAGAGUCAGAAAGUGAUGAUGAAUCGAAACUUCAUUCUUUGUCAUUUAAUUGCUCUGUAAAUGCAGUUGAUUUGCAAAUAAAAUCGGACUGUGCAGCUAAUGCAGAGUGUGUUGACAACACAACAACGACUGAUAGCCUUUCAGCUGGAGGGACACUUUCAUCAAAUUGCAGCGAGUGUGACAGCGAGGAUGUGAGUAGUAAAUGGAACGUGUGCUCUACACCUGGUUUGAAGUCUCGGCCAAGCAUUCAUGUGCUUUCUUCUCUUCAUCACAAACUGUCUGUGGAACGAUAUCUUCCACUUCAGUGCAUUCGAGACUUGUCGUCAGACUCUGCAGAUGAACAACACUAGGAGUUGUGACAGUAUGAGUAGGAGAUCAAGAGCUGGGCAAUCAGUGUUGUGAAUGAGUAUAGUUGACAAAUAGUGGCAAGAAUGGAUCAGUGAAUAUUUGUCAUUUUGCAACAAAUUUAAAUUUUGAAUUCAAAAUUGUUACUUGAAAAUGAGGUACAGGUACAGUACUAGUACUGAAGGGUUGCUUACUGAUACAUACAAUCAUAUUUUUGUAUGUCUGUAGAAUUGGAGACGUAUUGUAUAUUGAAAGAAUUGCAUGUCUGCUGGUUGUAUCAAGAGUGGAUCAUGCUGCGGAUAAACUCGUAGCCUUCUGAAGUGACAUGAUUCACAUGCAGUUUAAUGUGUAUUUAGAUUAGUAGUACAGGCCUAACUACUCCGACUAGAGGUAUAAUAUGUGCAUUAAACUGCAUGCUUAUGCAGGCGCAUACCUAUGGGAAGGUUCGAGGGGUGCGAACGAACUGACCCAUUUCAGUCGGAGGUCCGCUCUUAUCUCUGUAUACUGUACAACCAAUCUGCAUGCUAUAGUUGCACCAAAUGUAGAAGCUGUAAGUACCUCUGAAGUGCAGACUUGGUUGUAGAUGUAGCUAGAUUGAUGUAAGCAGAUUUAGAUUCUGAGACUUCUUGGCACGUACUGCAUG